AUGGCGGAAGGAAACCUUGUGGGCGUUGUUGAUCGGAUUCAACGAUUGUUGGAGUGUUUAGAUUUGAAGGAUAUUACAGAAAAACAGAGACUUGAUGAGAUUAAGAAAGAUUUCUCAAUGCUACGAGGUUCAUUUGAUGAUGCAGAGUUGAAGAAGAAGCUUUAUAGUGAUAAGUUACUAUUAAAAGAUUCACUUGCUGAUGUUGAUGACUUACUCACAAAAAUGUUGGCACUCACUUGGAGAACACGCCACGUGUCAGCACCCAAAAAGCUAAUCAUGAUGAUGAAGAUGAUGAUGAAUACCACCACUGCUUUCUUCAACUCAAUCUCUUCCAAAAUGGACAACGCCAUGCAAAUCGUGAGACAGCUACAAAACUCAUCGGUUCCAGAGGCAGAGGCAGAGGCAGAGGAAGAGCAGAGAGGAAAUGUUGGUGGAGAAAUUAUAGUUGUGGGAAGGGAUCAUCACCUAGCACAAAUCACAGAAAAGUUGUUGAAGAAGGAUGAUGAUGAUGUUGAAGACAAGAAUUUAAUGGUGAUUCCAAUUGUGGGUAUUGGAGGAGUAGGCAAAACAAUAAUUGCUAUGCUCAUUUGUGAUGACCAAAGGGUAAAAUCACAUUUUGAUCUUACAAUUUGGGUGUCUCUUGGUGUUGCCUUUGAUGUAAAAGCCAUUAUGAAACAAAUUAUUUCAUUUAUAACACAUAAUUACCCAACUAUCUCUGAUUUUAAGGAAUUGCAAGCUCUUGUUUUUUCAGAAAUAAGGCGAAAGCGAUUUCUCCUUGUUCUUGAUGAUGUCCCGCCCAAUGUUGAUGAACAAUCAUGGAAGGUGCUAACAAGUGAGAUACUAUCAGUUGGUACAAAUGGAAGUAGAAUUAUUGUAACUACUCGUCAUACAAAGGUUGCAGAGAUUACUGGUAAAAACCAACUAUAUCACUUAGAGGAGUGA